CCUUUUCACUCUCUCGUGAACCUUCGCUUACGCUUCCCAUUCUUCUUCUCCAAGCCCCCGCCCGCGCCACCUUCACCACCACCACAAACCCCUAAAAUCUAGGGUUUCUGGUGCCCCCUACCCUCUCUUUCUAAUUUCUUCAUCAAACAAAACCUCAAGGGUUUUGGAUAUCCGAUUCUUGAUUGUAGUGGCUGUGUUUUUGUCGUUUAGAUGGCGAGAGCAGCUGCCGCAGCCAAUCCAGGAGUUAAAAGUGGUGUGAGAAUCGUGGUGGCCGGAGACAGAGGCACCGGCAAGUCUAGUUUGAUAGUCACUGCUAUCUCCGAUACUUUCCCGUCCAGUAUCCCGCCGGUUCUUCCACCUACUCGGAUGCCCGAUGAUUUUUACCCUGACCGCGUUCCAAUCACCAUCAUUGAUACCUCAUCUAAAGUAGAGGAUGCUGGUAAAGUUGCUGAAGAAUUGAAGCGAGCUGAUGCAGUUGUUCUUACAUAUGCAUGUGAUAGGCCGGAAACUCUUGACCGAUUGAGUACCUUUUGGCUUCCUGAGCUUCGUCAAUUAGAGGUUAAGGUACCAGUUAUAGUGGUGGGUUGUAAGUUGGAUUUAAGAGAUGAGAACCAGCAGGUGAGCUUGGAGCAAGUAAUGUCACCAAUAAUGCAACAAUUCCGAGAGAUUGAAACUUGUAUUGAGUGCUCAGCAUUCAAACAUAUUCAGAUUCCUGAGGUUUUCUACUAUGCUCAAAAGGCAGUACUUCACCCAACUGGUCCAUUAUUUGAUCAGGAAUCACAAACUUUGAAGCCCAGGUGUGUUAGAGCCUUGAAGCGUAUAUUCAUUCUUUGCGAUCUUGAUAGAGAUGGUGCCCUUAGUGAUGCAGAAUUAAAUGAAUUUCAGGUCAAGUGUUUCAAUGCUCCGCUACAACCUUCCGAGAUAGUCGGUGUUAAGAAGGUUGUGGAAGAAAAGUUGCCUGGUGGAGGAGUCAAUGAUAGGGGAGUCAAUGAACGUGGCCUUACACUGACAGGAUUCCUCUUUCUCCAUGCAUUAUUCAUAGAAAAAGGGCGCCUUGAGACAACUUGGACUGUGCUAAGGAAAUUUGGGUACAACAAUGAUAUCAAACUUACUGAUGAACUAAUUCCCUCAUUCAAACGUGCUCCUGAUCAGAGUGCAGAACUCACAAGUGAAGCUGUCGAGUACUUGAGGAAUAUCUAUGAGUUGUUUGACAGUGAUGGUGAUAACAAUUUGCGACCAGCAGAACUAGAGGAUAUUUUCUCUACUGCACCAGAAAGCCCGUGGGAUGAACCUCCAUAUAAAGAUGCUGCUGAGAAAACUGCAUUGAGUGGGCUAUCAGUUAAUGCUUUUUUGUCAGAGUGGGCCCUUAUGACUCUUCUAGAUCCAUCCAGAGCUGUAGAGAAUCUGAUCUACAUUGGAUACUCUGGUGAUCCUACUGCUGCUGUUCGCUUGACAAGGAGAAGACGGUUAGAUCGCAAGAAGCAACAGUCAGACAGAAAUGUUUUCCAUUGCUUUGUCUUUGGACCAAAAAAAUCUGGAAAGUCUGCAUUAGUGAAUUCUUUUAUUGGAAGACCGUUUUAUGAUAAUUAUGCUCCAACCACUGAGGAAAGCUACGCGGUUCAUGUUGUUGAUCUACCUGGUGGAAUCAAGAAAACCCUUGUGUUGAGAGAGAUUCCUGAGGAUGGGGUUAAGAAACUAUUAUUGAACAAGGAGUCUUUGGCACCAUGUGACAUAGCAGUGUUUGUUUAUGACAGCUCUGAUCAGUCCUCGUGGAAGAGAGCAACUGAAUUGCUUGUGGAAGUUGCUGGCCAUGGUGAGGAUACUGGAUAUGAGGUGCCUUGCCUAAUUGUUGCAGCUAAAGAUGAUCUGAACUCUUUUCCAAUGGCAAUACAGGAAUCUACCAGGGUUAGUCAGGAUAUGGGAAUAGAGGCUCCUAUCCCUAUCAGCUCAAAGAUGGGCGACACCAAUAAUGUGUUUCGUAGGAUUGUAACUGCAGCCGAGCACCCACAUUUGAGCAUUCCUGAAACUGAAGCAGGGAGAAGUCGCAAGCAAUACAAUCGACUCGUCAACCGCUCUCUUAUGUUUGUUUCGGUUGGAGCUACGGUGGCCAUUGUUGGGCUAGCAGCGUACCGAGUCUAUGCUGCAAGAAGGAACUCAUCUGGUUGAAGAACAAAGAUUCACCCACUAACGAGAUGCAAGUCACACAUGGUCUCGUCCAGUAUGUCAUUUUGGUUGUAUCACUCGCCCGUAGAGAAUUAUUUCAUAGACCUAUUUGUUCUCAUGAUUUGCCUUCCAACUCUUUCGUCAACCAAUAGGGUUUUUAUCGGUCCCAAUGGAAGAGUUUUAAUUAUUAAAAAAAAAGCAACAGAUAUACCAUAAAAACUCAGUUAUUGUGCAGGGCAUGUACAAUAAUAAAAAUUUUGCUACAGAUUUUUAUGAUAUGACUACUGUCAUUAUAUUUUAUGGCUUC